CUUUAGGUCCUCCUAGGUCAACACACCAGCAGUCAAAGACUUGACAGUCAACAUCACGUGCCCGCCCAGCCUGACAAAGGAAGUAAAGCUAAUAAGGAUGAGAUAAUUCAGCAUUUGCCGCCUUCUUUAGAAGAGUUAUCUGCACACAGAGACCCCGGACAAAGGACAAUGACGUCAUGAACUGCCCCAUAAAUCAAGGAGUUGGUGAGCGAUGCACGUACAAAUACUGCUCACUCGCGGAUAGCGGUUAUCACAGCGAGAUGAGACUGCUCUUAUUAUUGGCUCUUGGAUUGGCUGGUUACGUGAGCUGUGACGUAGAGGACACGCCCAACGUGCUGCCCGUGGAGGCGCUGGUGGAGCCCAUCCAGCAGAUCGCUGGGGAGGAGGAGCUGGGCGCUAGGAUGGGGCUGACCAGGGACUUCAGCUUACAGGUGGAGAUGGAGAUGCCCGUGCCCCUGGGGAUGACCAGACGGAAGCUCCGCCUCCUGUACAAGGGCGUGCCGGUGCGCGUGUUCACCUUCCAGGCCACGUGUGACCCCAACGGCUACUACACGGGCGCCGUGUCGGGGUUUGUCCCCAGGAUAGACGGUCUGGACGUCAGUGUCGAGAGGAAAGAGAAAGAGCUGAGGCAGGUUGUCGUCGACUACGUCAACAGCAACAAUGUCAGGGUCAACGUGGGCGACAUCAAGGUCAAGGACUUGAGCAACCUCACGUGCACCAAGGUCAUCCACGUGGACACCAAGACUGGCCUGUCAUCCGUCUGCUACUUCUGUCAGUCUGUCAUCGACACAGUCUACAACUACCCGCGGAGACCGAUGGUGUUGAUUGAUGCGCUCACCCUCAAAGUCGUCAUUGGUAGUGUCCGCUGCCGGUUCGAUAGUGAGAGUUCCGAGAUUGACAGUGACAGCCAAACUCCCAGCACCAACAAGAUGUGCCCGCAGGUCCAGGGGGGCAACAAGAGGAACCCCACACCCGUGUACGGGCCAGGGAAAAGCCAGGUAAGUCGCUGUCGGUGUACUGGGGGGGGGGGGGAGUGGGUGGGGUCGUGA